AUGCGCCUCUUCAUCUCAUUCACUACAAUUGAAGUAAGAGGGACGCAUGGAGCCGUACAGAAGGGAACAGACGUAAUCAAGGACGAGGCGAUUAUCGAGUCACUGGAUGUGCUUUUCAAGAAGCUCCAAGAUGCUAGGAACGUUACAGAUGAUCACCCUGACGUGGUGUCAACAUACUAUUCCCAUGCCAUUGAUGCUGCUCGUGUCAAGCUUGAGGAAUAUUUUGGCCUCACUGAUGCCACUCCUGCAUACCGGUGUGCAGUUGCCCUGCAUCCGGCCAACAAGCUUACUUAUAUCGAGCUUGAAUGGAGUCACAAUAGGCAAUGGAUCAGUGGCGCAAGGAGAGUGGUACAGGAGGUAUUCGCACAAUACGAGGCAGCAGCUGCGGAAGCGGACCCAAUGGACGGAGCGCGACAAGAGGAGGAGCCGAAGGAGCCGGAGGAGGAGGCUGUUGUUGACAACAGUGUGACUCUUGAUCCGCUUCAGCAAGCUCGUAAACGUCGUCAGAGGCUUGCUGUCACCAUGACGUCGGCUACACAAGGAAAGGAGCAGGUAAAAUUGACGUCUGAGCUGGAUGAGUUUAUGGCAAGGACUAACAAGGCUGAUCUGGAUGUUGAGGAUUCUCUGGAGUGGUGGGUUCGCCACGUAUCUGACUAUCCUAUCCUGUCGAAGAUGGCGUUUGACUUGUUCAGUUGCCUAGCAAUGAGCGCUGGGUGUGAGCGCGUCUUCCCACAGACAAACAAGGUCAUCAUGGGUGAACGGAACCGGCUCAGUUCGGACACAGUAGCAGCGAUUAAAUGCCAGAAGCACUUGCUUCGAAGCGGAAUGUUAGCCUAA